AUGGCCGCAGGCAUGUUGAUGAUUAAUGUGGAGGAUCGUACAGUAUGGAAAGACCUAGUGGGUAACAAGUGCCAUUUACGGUCACUUGAGGUAUGGAAUGUUAUUCGACAUCAUGAGACCCCGGUUUCAUGGGUUAACGGGGUUUGGUUUUCUCAAUGUAUACCAAGACACUCAUUCCACCUAUGGUACAAUCGUGAUUCAAGAGACCAUCUUUUCUUCCAAUGUCCGUUUGCUUCGAAUGUUUGGAAGGAGAUCAAGCUGAUGGGGUCGCUAGACAACGUGGAUGAUUCAUGGCAAUCUAUCAUGGAGUGGAUGGCUCAAAAUGCAACAUCUAAAAAGACAGAACACAUUGUGUGCAAGCUUUUAAUCGCUGCGGCUGCGUACUUCAUUUGGCAAGAGAGAAAUAAUUGCCUAUUUUCUAAUGCUAAUGCAAAUGUUACGUCCGUGGUUGGGAGGAUUAAGCAUACGGUCAGGUUACGGCUUAUGGGAUUUGAGUUUAGAGGGAGCUUCAAAGUUCAUGAGUUGCUGGAAAAGUGGAAGAUCGCAAGAAGCGAAAAUGAGGAUGAUCCGGGUUAG